GCCUGCUCAAUCAAUCUUUUCUCCCUCCAUUUUUUUUUCGGCUGGAGAUAUGUCAGACGAUUCUAGUAGCACUGUUACAAAACAAAAAAGCACCAUGGGCCGCAAAAAGAUUGAUAUCAAGAAAAUACAGAAAACAAGCUCCCUCCAGGUCACGUUUUCCAAGCGAAGAAACGGCCUUUUCAGGAAGGCCAGCCAACUCGGUGCCCUCUGCGGCGCUGAGGUGGCCAUCCUAGUCUUUUCUCCCCACGGCAGGCCGUUUGUCUUCGGCCACCCCUCCGUGGACUCCGUCAUCUCCCGCCUUGCAAGCACAAGCACCAACGCUGAGUGCAUGCAUACUAGUGGUGAUGACGAGGACACGCAUAGCAGUAUAGUCCAGUCCAAUCCUUCCCACUCUGGUACAACGCACCAAACAAGUCCAGAUAAAGAAAGCCUCUCCUUGCGAUUGCGAAUUGGUGGCGGCGGAAGCAUGGGACUAGUGAAGGAGGAGACACAGGAGGUGGCGGAGGCGUGGAGCGGAGGCUGUGGGUUUUGGUGGGACAAGCCGACUGAGAAGAUGAAAUUGCGUGAACUCAAGCAGUUCAAGACAUCCCUAGAAGAUCUGAGGGCUAAGGUGGGCAUGCAGUUGGAUGACAUGUCGAGGCGUAAAUUGGCUGCGAGGGAUUUUCUGGGUGUAAAUCGUAAUGGCAGCUGUGGUUAAUGAUCUUUGGGUUUCAUGGAGGCGCGGUAGAUUAGGUUAAAAUGUGUUUAAAUUUUAUCAAUUUCGUUUUGAGUUUACAUAUUUUGAUUUUGAUUUGUUGUCAUUUGAUGUCGUUAUUAAAUUCUUGAUUCUUUUGUUUUUGGUAAGAGUUAGAUAUUAUUUGAUGCUUUGGCCACAAGCAUGGAAAGUUUA